GUGAGGCAAUGGAACAAGGGUUACGAGACUGCUGUCGAUCCAUAAGAAUUGGAAAGAUCCUGAUUCAGAGUGAUGAGGAGACACAAAGAGCCAAAGUGUAUUAUGCCAAGUUCCCCCCAGACAUUUACCGGAGAAAAGUCCUUCUGAUGUAUCCAAUUCUCAGCACUGGAAAUACUGUAAUUGAAGCUGUAAAGGUUCUUAUAGAACAUGGAGUUCAACCUAGUGUUAUUAUCCUACUCAGUCUCUUCUCCACUCCUCAUGGUGCCAAAUCAAUCAUUCAAGAAUUUCCAGAGAUCACAAUUUUAACUACUGAAGUUCAUCCUGUUGCACCUACACAUUUUGGACAGAAAUAUUUUGGAACAGAUUAAGUUAUUGAAGGAAAAUGAACUGUCUUGUGUAAUAUUACAGUUAUGUUUUGAUUUUAUAUUUGUUUUACUAAUUUGCUUGAGGAAUAGUGGAGAAAAAUACAUUAAAAAUUAUGCCUUUUAACUUUGGAAGGGGAAAUAGUAAAAAUGAAACAAAUUAAGGUUUAUUAAUUUUAUUUGGUUAUUUCUUGACAGUUGGUACCAAAUUCAAUAAUGAAGGCAAUACACAACCCUUUAAAAAGAUGGAAGUUUUAAUAACAGGGUAAUGGAAAUUGCUGAACCUUCACGUGGUACAUUGAAAUUAUUCUGUAAUUUAUGAUCUUUAGUUUGGAGGUUGCUUGCAGCCACAAAUAAAACUCAAAUGAGGGUCAGUUCUUUGGUAUGUUUCGUGUAUGUGGCUAUUGUCACUUACUGGUACUAUACUUGGAGAGGACAAAAAAGAAUGUCUCCUAUAAUUUUAUGUUUCCAUUAAUAUCCUCCCUCAACUGGUAGACCCAGGAUGUAUGGUGACUUCUUUAAUCAGUCCUUAUGUUUCACUCAUUGCCCAAACUGCA